CAUUUUACCAACUGCUACAAGCAAGCAAGCGACGAGGAAGAAAAAAGAAAGGAAGCGACAAAUGGCUUGUCAACAGUGGCGACCUGACCGCGGGCGAUUAUUCAAAAGCUACGGAAUUGGACUCCUUUUGUACACGGACCUUUUUUUGCAGUGUGUCAAUGGCUACUUGAGCUCCCCGCACGUCGGCCAGGAGCCUCCGUACACCAGAGAUGCCCAGCACGGCCCGGUCAUCACCAGCCCGGUUGUGCCUGCUGCAGCCUCGGUUUCUCCUGCCGAUAAUGAGGAGGGCUACGCCUCCAAAUGUCCCAGUGGGGGGCCGUGCAAUCGCCUUCCUGCUGAUUGCAUACAAUGCAAUUACCUACACAAUUGCACCUAUGGGAAACCAGCCUCCUUCUCUUGUAAAGCCAAAAAGGGCAUUCAUUGUGUUGGAGAGUCUGGCCAGCAGCAAAGGAACUUCUCUCUUUCCAUCACUUGUCAGUUCUGCUGGCAGCUGGACCCCACACAGUAUCGCUGCUCCAACUCCACCAGCUGCAUGACCGUGGCUUGCCCCCGGCAGCGCUACAACGCCACCUGUGACGUCAUGGAACAUGUCCACUGUUUAGGUAAGAGGCACUUUCAGAAGCGUUUGUAUUGCAACUGGACUGGAGGAUACAAGUGGUCCACGGCCUUGGCGCUCAGCAUCACGCUGGGUGGUUUUGGGGCGGACCGAUUUUACCUGGGCCAGUGGCGAGAGGGUCUGGGCAAGCUGUUCAGCUUCGGAGGACUGGGCAUUUGGACUUUGAUAGACGUGCUUCUCAUCGCCGUGGGUUACGUGGGACCGGCGGAUGGUUCUCUCUACAUCUAAAAAAAAAAAAACUGUUCGGAUGUUAGAGGCCCGGCUCGCGUUCCAAGGACUGAUGAUCUCCCGACACCGCGUUUUCAGCACCGCCCCGGCAUUCCCAUCUGCUAACACGCAGGAAGUGUUUUACCGCCUCACACCCGAGUACGAAGACGCACACACUGGCGGCCGUUCCAUCCUAAUCAGUCUCCUCUGGUGCGAGCGUGCAGAUGGAGCACUCUACCACCACCAGGAAUCGGCAAUUACAUCCUGGCGGGAGCUCGCAACUUGAAGGCGGCCGCCAAGAUGGUCCCGUACGUCCAAACUUUAUUGGCGAGUCUUCUUCCACCCAGGUGGAACGGAUACAGUUGACGCCAUCAGCCAACAUGCUGAGGAAUACAAUGAGUCACGAACUCAUUUAGAGUAUUGUAAUAAAAGGAGCAUUAUAGGUUGCUUUCACACUGGUGAUUAAAAUUGGCAUUUCGUUUGUCAUAUAAAUGACACCGACGCAAAAUCCAGGAAGGAAGUCGACCUACCGGUUUUCUGGCUUCGGCGGUAGAGCUGUAACACAAGUUCAGGCCACAACUGUAAGAAAAUUGACCCGGCACACUUCCAUUUUUAGAGGUUACGUUAGAUCCAAGUCAUCUAUUGCCAUUAAAGUAACCAAGGAUGAGAGUGUAACGUCAACCCAACGAGUUCCUAACUUUGGCCAUCACAUCUGUGGAAGGUUAUUCUACUGUCCCAGAACCAGGGUGUGAUGAGUUUAAAAUGCCUGCCACCUGCCUGGAUGACGCAUAGCUGUCGGAAAGGUCACACAUUUGCAGCAAUUUACAGUUUGCGUGAAAGGGAACUCCGGAUAAGCAGUUGUUACUUACGACUUUGCGGGCCUACUUGGAGACUUGAUGAAAAUUCUUGCGUUGGUUGGGUACUUGGUGUGCUUCUGCUCACUGAGAUGUCAAUUGGCAACACAUUUUGGGUCCAAACUGGAGCUUGCUGUGUGCAUAGUGAUGGGAAAAUGAAGCUUCAACCUUGCUUCAUGAACCAGUUUUAUUUGUUCACUCCUCCAGGUGGCGCUGUUUCUUAAAGGUAGGUUUAUGAAAUGGCAACUCAGUGCUGCUUCAUGAAUCACCUUGAAGCCUCAUUUUCCCGCCACACUUACUGUGUUGCACAAAAGCAGCUGAUCGGAUUGUAGGAUUUGACAGGAAGUGACAUCAUAAGCAAGCAAAUUCAGAACUCCAGCUCACUGCAGGAUUUUUUCUUGCUAAUGUGUGCAAUGUGCAAUGAAUGUUCAUGUGGAUUUAAUUAUUGUUGAAAACACUGUAAAUUACAUUUUUGAGUUGUGUAAAUAAAACUUGUGGAAUCUG